UUCGGCGCGGGCGCGGGUGUGGAGACCGGGGGCAAGCUCCUCGUCUCCAACCUGGACUUCGGCGUCUCGGACGCGGACAUCCAGGAACUCUUUGCAGAGUUUGGGACCUUGAAGAAGGCGGCAGUACAUUAUGACCGGUCUGGACGCAGUUUAGGGACGGCAGAUGUACACUUUGAAAGAAAGGCAGAUGCUCUGAAGGCGAUGAAGCAGUACAAUGGUGUCCCCUUGGAUGGGCGCCCCAUGAACAUCCAACUGGUCACAUCACAGAUAGACACACAGAGGAGACCGAUACAAAGUGUAAACAGAGGUGGCAUGACCAGAACCCGUGGGUCAGGAUUUGGUGGUGGAGGUAGUAACAGGCGAGGUAGCCGUGGUGGGAACAGAGGGAGAGGCAGAGGAACAGGAAGAAGUUCAAAGCAGCAACUCUCUGCAGAAGAAUUAGAUGCACAGUUGGAUGCUUACAAUGCCAGGAUGGACACCAGCUAAAGCAGCGAGCACAUCCCCUGCAUGGAAAGGACUCCAGACAUCUCAUUCCAUGCUCUCCGGAGGGAGGGGUGUACGACUGUGGCUACUACUAUCAAGGACGGAAUUUGUUUUACUUUUAUGUUUUGGAAUAGGUUUUAAACUCAUGUAAAGGUUUUUUUUAAUUCUGAAACAGACCUGUUUUGUACCGAGUUAUUUUUGGGAAAAAUUUUACUGGUUGCCUGUUGGGCGGAGGUGGCUUUUUCACCUUUGCUGUAAUAAAAUAGAACUGUGUCUAGA